AUGGUUGCUAUGGUCAACAUAGCUAUGAUGGUCAACUUAGCUAUGAUGGUUGCUAUGGUCAACAUACCUCUGAUGGUCAAAAUAGCUGUGAUGGUUGCUAUGGUCAACAUAGCUAUGAUGGUUGCUAUGGUCAACAUAGCUAUGAUGGUUGCUAUGGUCAACAUAGCUAUGAUGCCAUUCAUAUUGUUCACCCUGAACAACCGAUUUGACAAAAUCACAGUCAGUGCACUUCAAUUGGAGCUGAUCAGACACUGUGGCUACACCGAGGAGGCGACACCGAACGAGUCUUUACUGUCGUACCACAACGACCUGCUGGACGAUGCUUUCGACAACAACCUGGACUUCCUGUUCCCCAUGGAUGACCAGCUGGACGAGGAGCAGGCACUGCAGCUGGGGAAACGCCCCAUGCACAUGCUCCGGCUCGGGAAGCGGGAUGUGGGCGGAGCUGCCGAUAAUGACAAGCGGUCCUUGAGCAAACGCCCCAUGCAUAUGCUGAGGCUGGGGAAGAGAGACCAAAGCGACGACGAGGCGUUGGAAUCUGAGCAAGACGUCGCGAAACGCCCCAUGCAUAUGCUGAGGUUAGGAAAACGCCCCAUGCAUAUGCUGAGAUUAGGAAAGCGCCCCAUGCAUAUGCUGAGAUUAGGCAAACGCCCCAUGCAUAUGCUGAGAUUAGGCAAGAGAGAAGACGACGAUUUUGAAGAAUCCUCCGACGAUGAACAGUUAUCGAAACGACCCAUGCAUAUGCUGCGCCUGGGCAAAAGAGACGAAGACGAUUUUGACGAGUCCGAUGACGACGAACAAUUGUCGAAACGACCCAUGCAUAUGCUUCGCCUGGGCAAACGACAGGUGCAUAUGCUGAGAUUGGGCAAACGACCAAUGCAUAUGCUAAGGCUGGGAAAACGCUCAUCGGAAUAACUUGAGAACAUGGGUGGGGUUGGUAAAGAAGUGGAAGUGGGUCUAGUGCGUCAUUGAAAUACGGACAAAUACUGCAAUUUUCUUUCUAAACUUUGAACAUUGAAGAUAACUUAAAUUUAUGCUGAAAAUUUUGGAAGUAUUUAAAAGAAUUUUAGUAAUAAAAUGUGUAUAUGAAUGUAACUUGAAGAAUUAUUUUAUUUCCUUGUAGACUUGGUUAAUGUAAACAGUUAAUAAAUCCACCCUGCUGUGUAUUUAAAAACAACAACAACAACAUGCAUUUCUGGGGAAAUCAUUUGAUUUGUAUUGACAAUUUAGUCACGUUGUAAAACAGGACUGUGUAUUUAAACAUCUUCCUUCAAAAGAUUUAAGUCUCGAUUUUUUAAAUAACAAAUGCCAGUGCAUAUUCUACGUUUAUUGAUACUUUAAAGCAUCCCAAGAAAGCUACAAACAAAAUGGAAUAUUCUCAUGUUAACACGUUUUCUAUAGCAACGUAACAAAAAUUAUUUCAUCUUUUUAAAAAGAUUGCUUAGUUUACACAAUUAUUACUAUCCUCAAAUACAUCGCUAUAGUAACUUAAUUAAGUAAAUAUUACACCAGAAAAAUAUCUAUGGAAACGAUUGGAAAGCUCAGUGACCCAUCACUUAGCGACCUUUAACCUCUCUACCAACCCCAUGUUGUGAUCCUAUAAUUUCAGUUUUAAUUUGCUUAGAGGAUAUAUUUCCAUCCCCGCCUUCUCCAGCUAGCUUAUAGUAAAUAAAUCAAGUUUAUCAAUGAAAAAA